AUGGAUUCGCCUACGACGAGCAAGGAUACAUUAAUAUCCUUCGUUACCCCUUCUUCGAUUUCAACCCAGAAAAUUGAUCGUUCUAUCGAAGAGUACGUGGUCCGCAUUAUCUUCACGCUAACAGAGGCUAUCGACGAGCAAUUUGCCGGGCUUGCUUUCGCUCCCCUAUACUUCUACAAUGGCGGAGUUCGUGAAUUUCUUGCAACUUUGAAGCAGCACGUGUUUGUUGUUAGGUCUGCAGAUGACCCAAACGUUUUUUUGUUGAAUGAUUUUCAGGAUCCUCUUCAGAAAAGCUUGUCAUCUUUGGAGCUUCCAAGGGUUCUCUCAGUUGCUAAUGGGACACCAAUGCAGGGCUCACCUAAUGAGGUUUCUUCAAUUUAUGAUUCUAUGAGGGUAGAUGGAAUUACCGCAAGUGGUACCUCGAGUGCUUUUGAAUACAGGGGAAGACACCGGCGCAAGACCCAUGACCCUACUCAUGACCUUUCCAUUCAUGUUAUGGAAAAGUUCUCACUCGUGACUAAGUUUGCCCGGGAAGCAACCACACAACUUUUUGGUGAAUUUCAUGAAAGUCACGAGCUUCUCCAUGACAGAAAGCAGAAAGAUAGUUCCCCGCUGGAUUCCGGAGUGGUUAGUCAGCCUAAUGAUACGCAAUCAAAGGCGGAUAACAUUGUGGCAACAUCAGAUUCGACUGAGCUUGACAAAUUAUCACUUGUAUGGGGAAAGCCAAGGCAACCUCCUUUGAACCAUGAAGAGGUAAAUUCAUACAUUCUAACGCAUUCAUGUGUAGUUGUAUUGGCUUGUGAUCAUUGA